GGCAAAGCUAAUUGUCUCAGCAAGAGAAAUAUUACUCGUAACAGUCUCGGCUCGGACGGGGGACCUUUCCAGCCUCCGGUCUAGCCAAUACUUUCCGAUAUCUGGACUUAAAAUCCCGCUGGGGGACUAUAGAGGAAGGAAUCGAGAGCGUUACAGGAAUUUGGGGUUGAGAAGGAAGCUAUUGUGAACCGGAUAUUAGCCGGAGUGGCGAGCGGAGAGUGGUACGGACUGCACCGUACGGACGACACACACGAUGCGGGCGCCCCGACUCCUAACCCGGGCUCUCCUUUGCUUCACGGUCAUCGCAGCCGUGCACGGUCAAGACCCUCUAGCACAGCCCGAGCCCGGGACAUGUCGGACUAACCAGUUUCAGUGCGAGAACAAGCGUUGCAUCCCCGCCGGGUGGGUUUGCGACGACGAUUACGACUGUAACAAUGGCGACGGCGACCACAGCGAUGAGACGGACUGCCCGGAUAAGACGUGCGGACCGGGGCAGUUUGCGUGCUUGGAUGGUUUAACGUGUAUCACCAAAGGUUGGCGCUGUGACGGAGAGGAAGACUGUACAGAUGGCAGCGACGAAUCGCCAGAAAUCUGUACCUCGGGCGUGGGUCCAGAGUUGCAGAACUACCAGUGUCCAGCCAACCACUACCGCUGUAUACAGCAGUGUCCGGAGGGUGGACGAUGUACGGACACCUGUGUCCACUUUGACGUGCUGUGUGACAACAAGCCGGACUGUCCCAGUGGUGAUGACGAGGGACCACAUUGUACCUCAUUACCCCGACUGUGUGCCAAUGGGAGGGGAGACUGCGAAGAAGCGUGUACUGUGUCGCGAGAGGGCCGAGUUUGUUUCUGCAGAAACGGUUACGUAGUGAGCCCUGACAGAACAUGUAAAGAUCUGAAUGAGUGCAAGCUCCCAGGUUACUGUGACCAGCACUGUGAGAAUACUGUGGGAUCUUACACCUGCUCCUGUGCACCUGGGUACACCUUACAGUCUGACAAGAAAACCUGCAAGGCUCAAAACAGCAACAGUGCAGUAUUGGUGGUCGCCAACCGACAAAAAUUGGAUAUGCUCAACCUGAAUGGUACCGCCAUACCUGGCAAGGAACUUCUCACAACUGGAGCAAUGGCCAUGGAUAUCUCUCUUGUGGAUCAGAAAAUAUGCUGGGUCCAGGUGGAGGAAGAAGUGUCCAAGAGUAGCUUGCGCUGUGUUCAGAGGAGUAACUUUACCCAGGCUGGAGCACAGGUGCAAAGACUGACUUCAAGUGUUCACCACGUUGAACAGAUGGCAUAUGAUUGGAUGACCGGGAACAUGUACUUCACGGAUGACGAAGCGGACCGAGUCUUUGCGUGCGACAAACAGGGACGAGUCUGUGUGACCGUGAUCGAAGACAGAAUCGCUAACCCACGAGGCAUUGCACUGGACCCCACCAGGGGAUUGAUGUUCCUCUCUGACUAUGGCUCCACACCAAGGAUCGAGAAAGCACACAUGGAUGGCACCAACCGAUCCCAGAUCGUCACAAGCAAGAUUGUCCUUCCCCACGGGAUAGCCCUGGACAUUGUGACAGAGACAGUGUACUGGGUUGAUGCCUAUCUCAACUACAUCGAGAGUGUUGACUACAAUGGAUACAACAGGAGAACAAUUGCUCAUGGACCAAUGGUGGAGCACCUGUACGGUAUCACAGUGUUUGAGCAGUACCUGUAUGCCACUGACUGGCACGAGGACACCAUCAUCCGUGUGGAUCGCUGGAACACCUCGGCUCCCAUUGUCACUCUUGCCAGGGACUUUAACCAUGCUGGCUCUAUCAAAGUGUUCCACCCAGUAGUGCAGCCAAUCACUGACCAUGCCUGUAGGAAUAGCGAGUGUCAGGACAUCUGUCUGUUGGCUGGAAGUAAGGACGCCAAAAUCUGUAGAUGUCGACCUGGGUUCACCCUGAAGCCUGAUGGAAAAUGUGAAGCCUCCACAGAUGACACGUUCCUGAUUUACAGUAAGAGUCGGCCGGGCGUCAUCAAGGGAAUCUCGCUCACGCCAGACGACUACACUGACAAGAUGGUCCCCAUCGAACACCUGGACAACCCACGUGCCUUCGACUACCACGCCGCGACGUCCUACGUCUACUUCUCGGACCCGACCCAGUUCAGGAUCGGUCGGCAAAAGAUCACCGGAGAAGGCCACCAGAUUCUGGUGAACUCCACGUUUUACAAUGAGGACGGUGAUUUCGUGAAGGGUGGUUUGAAUAACUGUGAGGGUGUUGCCGUGGACUGGAUCGGAGGUAACUUGUACUGGACUGAUGACGGAUUGAACACAAUCAGCGUUUCGCGUCUUGACGGGACCCAUCGUAAGACGUUGAUUUCUGGCAACAUGACCCAUCCCAGGUCUAUUGUUGUGGAUCCCACCUCUGGAAUGAUGUACUGGUCGGACUGGGUCGAUGACAUCACUGACGAGAGGUUUGCGAAGAUCGAGCAGGCGUGGAUGGACGGAACCAACCGUAAGGACCUUGUGAACAGGGAGAAGACCACCAUCCUGUGGCCGAAUGGUCUAGCCCUGGACCACUCCAGCAACAAACUCUACUGGGCUGAUGCCUUCUAUGACAAGAUCAUGAUGGUGGACUUGACUAAAGGAGAUGUUAAGGUUGUGUACAAAGGAGACGUACUGAUCCAUCCAUUUGGCCUGGCCCUGCACGAGAAUCACAUCUUCUGGACUGAGUUCCGUACGGGGGAGAUCAAGAUGUUAGACCUGAACAACAACAACAGCAUCUCACACAUCAAGUCUGAUCAGGCUCCACUGUUCGAGAUCAGGGUCUACAGUAAGAGUCUUCAAACUGGUUCGAAUGCCUGUGCCUCCAACGAUAACGUGUGUCCCUCCCUCUGCCUGAUCACCCCUGGGAACAGGGCUGUGUGCAGCUGUCCUGAUGGACAGGAGGUCAUGCAGGAUGGCAAGAACUGUGAAGACAUUGCCAACUACACAUCAUCCCCCCAGUGCAGCUCCACAGAGUUUGCGUGUGCCAGUGGACAGUGUAUCCCUGAGCGGUGGAAGUGUGACGGGGACAGGGACUGUCAUGAUGGUUCUGAUGAACUACCAUCUGCAUGCACGGGCCACACGUGCCAGCCUAACCAGUUCAGGUGUAACAGCAGCAGGUGUAUCCCUGACCGAUGGGUGUGUGAUGGAGACAAGGACUGUGGGGAGACCGGGGAGGAUGAAAUCGGCUGUAAUGAGCGGACGUGUGGUCCCGGCCAGUUUCAUUGUAACAGCAGCCGCUGUAUCCCCGAGAUGUGGGUGUGUGAUCGGGACAAUGACUGUGGAGAUGGGUCUGAUGAACCCACUUCCUGUGAACACCCCAGCUGUGACCCCACCCAGUUCCAGUGUGAUAACGGCCGCUGUAUCUCUCCCAGCUGGAGAUGUGACACAGACAACGACUGUACGGACAACUCUGAUGAGAAAGACUGUACAUACUCCUGUAACAACGAGACGCAGCACAAGUGUUUGGACACCGGACGCUGUAUCUCCAAACGCUGGGUCUGUGACGGAGACUACGACUGCCAGGACCAUAGCGAUGAACCCGAUUCAUGUGCAGCCAGUACCAACUCCCCUGCCUCCUGUGAUGAAGAUGAGUUCCAGUGCCACAGUGGACAGUGUAUCCUGGCCAGGUGGAGGUGUGACAAGGAUGAGGACUGUAUGGACAAGUCUGAUGAGUUCAACUGUACAGGAAGUGAACGUCCGUGCGAUCCGGAACAAGAGUUCACCUGUAAAAAGAGCGGUGAGUGCAUCAGCCUGGACUGGCGCUGUGACCAGGAGGAAGACUGCGAGGACGGCUCGGACGAGCGGGACUGCAAAUCCACCUGCGACCCUCCCAACCGCACCUGCGCCAACGACACCUCCAUCUGUCUCACCCCCGAGAAAUUCUGCAACAAGAAACGCGACUGUCCCGACGGCUCGGACGAAGGGAAGCUCUGUGACAUUCUCGACUGCGACAUCAAGAACGGCGGAUGUAGCCAUAUAUGUCAGCCAUGGCCAAUGGGAGUGGUGUGUCUGUGUCCGGAUGAUUUACGGCUUGGCGCGGAUAAUAAGACGUGUGAGGAGGUGAAGUGGUGUGAGCAGCUGGGCAUCUGUAGUCAGAUUUGUACACCGGUGGGGAAGUCUUACCGCUGUGAGUGUCAGCAGGGAUGGGAGCUGGAACCUGAUGAGUAUACCUGCAGGAGUACUGAUCCUGCCACUCCCUACGUUGUUUUCUCCAACCGCCAUGAGCUGCGGCGUAUCGACCUGUCAUCUAAGGACUUCCAGUACCGCGUGCUGGUACCUGGCCUGCGGAACACGAUAGCCAUCGACUACGACCUGUCCACGAACUCCCUGUUCUGGACAGACGUGGUGGAGGAUAAGAUCUUUAAAGGAAACAUGAGCUCAACAGGAGGUAUCUCCAGUAUCCGCCCUGUAGUCCAGACUGGUUUGGCUACAGCAGAGGGUCUGGCUGUGGACUGGGUAGGGAAGAACAUGUACUGGGUGGAGAGUAACCUGGACCAGAUCGAAGUGGCGCGACUUAACGGGAUGUACCGUACCACGCUCAUCGCCGAGGAGAUGGAGAGCCCUCGCGCCAUUGCGCUGGAUCCACGUGUUGGGUACCUGUUCUGGACAGACUGGCAGUCUAACCGUGCUCGUAUAGAGAGGUGUGACAUGAGUGGGACGAACCGGAGUGUGAUCCACUGGGUGGCUAACGAUGGGGGCUGGCCAAACGGUCUGACUGUCGACUACCUGGACAGCAGGAUCUUUUGGGUGGACGCAAAGUCUGACUCCAUCACCUCAGCUGACUAUGAGGGAGGUUCUGUGAGGAAAGUGCUGUGGGGACAUCGUCACCUCAGCCAUCCCUUCUCCAUAUCUCUGUAUGCUGAGAAGGUGUUCUGGACAGACUGGAGGACCAACAUGCUCGCCUCGGCCAACAAGUACACCGGUGGGAACUUCACUAUCCUACAGCGCACAAGCACACAGCCGUUUGACCUACAGGUCGUUCACCCCACCAGACAACCCUCUGUGAACCACCCCUGUGCCAACAAGACAAAGAACGACUGUUCCCACCUCUGUCUGAUCGGGUACAAUGGGGCGUAUGCCUGCCGCUGUCCGCAACGCUACAAGCUGAAGGCUGACAACAAGACUUGUGAAUUGGAUGGCAAGUUCCUCCUGUAUGCCCGUCAGUUAGAAGUGCGCGGUGUGGACCUCCUCAAACCUUACUACAACAUGAUGUCAGCCCUGACCCUCCCACACAUUGGGAACGUCACAGCGGUGGACUUUGAUGCUCUAGAGGAGAGAAUCUACUGGGUGGAUCUGAGGUUCCCUGCUGUCAGGAGGGCAUUCCUGAAUGGUUCUGAUGUGGAAACCCUGGUCACUUCUCAAGAUUUGACCAACACUGUGGGCAUAGCUGUGGACUGGUUGUCCAGAAACCUGUACUGGACUACCAACUUUGGGGAGAAGAAGUCUAUAGUGGUGUCCCAGCUGGAUGGGUCCUUCAAGAGAACACUGAACAUGUCACUUACUGCUCCUGGAUACAUGGCUGUACAUCCAUCAGAAGGUCUGAUCUUCUGGUCUGAUGGUGGUGAUGUUCCUUACAUCGGACGGGCGAAUGCCGAUGGCAGUUCUGUGUCACAAAUCGUACAGAACGUCACCACAAUGAGCUUAGCAAUGGACCAUGUUGGGAAGAGACUGUACUGGAUCAACAGUAACAGAACUGUCUCCUCCUGUAACCUGGAUGGGACUGACAUGAGGACCAUCGCUGGGGCUGUACAACAGAACAUGAGCAGGCCACAUGCACUAGCUGUGGGAGGUAACCUGAUGUACUGGGGAGAUCAUGCCUCGGAUCAGAUAAUGGUCGCCAGCAAGGUUGAUGGUAGCGGCAUGAAGGUGUUCCGUGGUCGUACUACCAAGGUCAUGGACAUCAAGAUCUUUGACUCUGAUGUACAGACAAGAACAGGACCCAGUGGCAGUAGCCCAUGCUCUACCAACAAUGGAGGCUGUCAACAGCUGUGCUUGCCAGCUGGUGCUGUGAAGCGGACCUGUAGCUGUACAGCUGGCUAUGAACUCCAACCUGACAAUAUGAAGUGUACUGGAUUGAGUGAAUUCAUCCUGUACUCUGUGCAUGAAGAAAUCCGAGGGAUCCAGCUGGAUCCUCAGCAGACCAAUGAACAGUCAGAUGCCCUGUCACCCAUCCGAGGCAGCGCUCUAGCUGUAGCCAUCGACUUUCUUGCAGAAAAUGACACCAUCUACUGGGUGGACACUGCCAUGAAGUCCAUCCAUGUGAGUAACCGUAACCAGACCUGGCAGGACACCAUCAUCACCACAGACAUGGGGCGUGUGGAGGGACUGGCUGUGGACUGGGUCGCCAAAAACAUCUACUGGACUGACCAACAGUUUGACCUGAUUGAGGUUGCUCGCUGGAAUGGUUCCUUCCGACGUGUCAUCGUCUCUACAGAUCUGGACAAACCACGGGACAUUGUGGUGCACCCUAUGCUAGGCUACAUCUUCUGGUCCGACUGGGGUACCCAGCAGAAGAUCGAGCGAGCUGCCAUGGACGGUUCACAGCGAAUCGUCCUCUACAACGGCACCGGUCUCCAGUGGCCAAACGGGAUGGCAGUGGACUACCAAACCAACAUGGUCUACUGGGUGGACGCUAACAGUAACCGUAUCGAGCGGAUAGGCAUAGACGGCAACAAUCAUAGAUACAUCUUGACAACUGAGAAUCAGGACCUCUUUGCUAUCAGUCUGUAUGGAGACAACAUCUACUGGACAGAUAGGACCCAUAAGAGUGGUGUGAUAAUGAUGGGAAACAAGGACAAUGCCACAAUCAACCAGCGUACACUUAGGGACAACCUGGGCAUUCAGCUCAAGGAUAUAGCUGUCUUCUCUCAACAGAGACAAAAUGGUACCAACAUCUGUGGCCCCCACACUGGUGCAGAUGGUAAGAUUGUGGAGAAUGGUGGAUGUGAACAGCUGUGUCUGUAUGUGGGGAACAACAAGAGGAAAUGUCGCUGUGGACAUGGCAUGCUGGCUGAUGACGGCACAAGCUGUAAACCACAUGAUGCGUACCUGCUGUAUUCUGAGAGGAUCAGCCUGAAGAGUGCUCAUGUUAUAGACUCCAAGAAUAGGCCGAUAGAAACUAUUCAGCUGAAGGAUAACAUGAGGAAUGUGAUUGGCCUGGCGUUUGACUACGGAAACGGGACCAACAAGAGGAUCUUCUACAGCGACAUUCACCAUGGCAACCUCCAGUCUGUGUACGAAAAUGGGACAGGACAGAAAAUCAUUGUGGAAAAUGUUGGAUCAGUUGAGGGCCUUGCCUACCACAGGAGAAAUGACGAACUGUUCUGGACGAGUUACACGGACUCCAACAUUCGCCGCUUCUCUCUGAACCAGACCAAGCCAGGAGCGCGGAACGAGACCAUCGUCGUACUGUCCCAGGAGGACCACCCUCGUGCUAUCGUGCUGGAUGAAUGUCAAGGGCGUAUCUGGUGGACUAACUGGAAUGACAAGAGUCCGAGCAUCAUGACGUCGUACAUCGGUGGCCAGGAGGUGGUGUCUAUCGUGCAGGGGAGUGACAUCCGUACACCUAAUGGUCUAGCGAUCGACCACGCGGCAGAGAAGCUCUACUGGUCUGACGCCACUCUGGACAAGAUCGAGAGAUGCAACUAUGAUGGCAGCAACAGAGUGGUGAUCCUACAAGUGGAGCCAGUGCACUCCUUUGGCCUGGCUGUGUAUGGUGACUACAUCUACUGGACAGACUGGGUACGGCGUUCUGUCAUGGCUGCCAACAAGCUGGACGGCAGCAACGUGAAGGUUCUACGCAGCGACAUCAGUCAGCAACCAAUGGGAAUCAUCGCUGUUGCAAAUGAGACCAACAACUGCAUGCUGAGUCCAUGCCGUACCCUGAAUGGAGGAUGUGACCAUGAGUGCAGUGUCUUGCCUACAGGACUGGUCAACUGUACCUGCCGCCCUCCUAAAGUACUCAUGGACGCCACACGAUGUGUUGUACCUGAGGUGACCUGUUCCCCCAGCCAGUUUGAGUGCAGUGCGAGUGGCUGUGUGCCAUAUGAGGACUCCUGUGAUGGGGUACCAGAUUGUGAAGAUCGUACUGAUGAGGCAAAGCCUUACUGUGCCACUCGUGAGUGCCGUGAUGGUUGGAAGAGGUGCCGCAACGGUCGCUGCAUCUCUGAGCAGAAAUGGUGCGACGGGAAGAACGACUGUCAUGACAACUCUGAUGAGGACAGAUGUGAUGAGAGAAGCUGUGCCCCAGGAGAGUUCCGCUGUAACAAUGGGCGCUGUAUCGACGAGUCCCUGAGGUGUGACCAGAGAAUCUUCUGUGACGAUGCUUCAGAUGAGAUUGGCUGUCCUCCAGUUGACUGCAGUACAUACAGAGAACGUGGACUGGAGGAAGUUCUAUCUGGUUACAUCAACUGUAACAAGACAAGUCUGUGUAUCCUCCCACAGUGGAGGUGUGAUGGGGAGAAUGACUGUGGAGACAACUCUGAUGAGGAAGACUGUUUCUGUGGAAGCAGUUACUUCCAGUGUGCAAACGGACGCUGCAUCCCGGAGUCCUGGAAAUGUGACAACGACAAUGACUGUGGCGACAACUCGGAUGAACCACCUAGCUGUUCAUUCUCGUGCACAAAGGAGCAGUUCACCUGUAACAACUCCCGGUGUAUCCCUCUGAACUGGAAGUGUGACGGGGAACAAGACUGUGAGGAUGGGUCUGACGAGUCUUCUAACCUUAUGUGUGAUCGGAUCACGUGCCCGCCAGAACAGUUCCGUUGUGUGGAGAAUGCUCGGUGUAUCCCCAAACACUGGACUUGUGAUGGUGAUAAUGACUGCCCAGAUGCCUCAGACGAAAUGGCCUCAGCAAACUGCACCUUUACAGAGACAUGUGACUCAGAUGAGUUCCAGUGCCAGAACAGACGCUGUAUCCAGGCUGCCUGGGUAUGUGACCAUGACAACGACUGUGGGGACGGAUCUGACGAGAAGGAAUGCACGUACACGACCUGUGCACCGGACCAGUUCCAGUGUAAGAAUGGGCGAUGUAUCCCCUCUACCUGGACUUGUGAUAGAGACAAUGACUGUAACGACAACUCUGAUGAAGCUCCUUCCAAUCCUAAGUGUGAGACAUCCUGUAGUGAAGAGGAGUUUAUGUGCACACAAAGUGGCCAGUGUAUCCCGUGGAACAUGACAUGUAAUAACAACAAGGACUGCAGCGAUGGGUCAGACGAACCCACAGACCUUUGUGGGAGAAAUGAGUGCCUGGAUGCAGAGUUUAACAACUGUACCCAGGUGUGUAAGGAUUUGCCCAUCGGUUUCAUGUGCCGCUGCCACAAGGGGUACAGGAUGAACGGAUAUGUCUGUGAGGAUAUCGAUGAGUGUAAUACAGAGUUCCCCUGUAGCCAGUAUUGCGUCAACACCUAUGGCAGCUAUCGCUGUCGAUGUGCAGAGGGCUACAACAGGGACCCGGCACAACCUGGGGUCUGCAAAGCAGCUUCAGAUGUGAAGCCAUACGUGAUGUUCUCCAACCGCUACUACAUCCGUAAGGUGGAUUUCUCCGGCAGGACAUACGAGAUCGUGCUUGGGGGGUUGAACAACGCCGUUGCCUUGGACUUCGACAUUAAGGAAGAAAUGAUAUACUGGACAGAUGUCACUACACAGAGGAGCAUGAUUCGUAGAGCUCAUGUUAAUAGCUCAAACUUCGAGGUUCUCCACAGUACAGCCUUGAGUAACCCAGAUGGGAUAGCUGUAGACUGGGUAGGGAGGAACCUGUACUGGUGUGACAAGGCUAAGGAUGUGAUCGAGGUGUCCAAACUGAAUGGGGACUACAGGAAAGUACUGUACAAGGAUGGGCUGAAGGAACCACGAGCCUUGGUGGUGGAGCCACAAGGAGGAUACUUGUAUUGGACAGACUGGGGAGAGAACCCCCACAUUGGCCGAGCCUGGCUGGACGGUAGCCAUGGUCAGGUCAUCAUCAACAGUACCAGGACCAAGAUCGGCUGGCCAAACGGACUGACCAUAGACUACGUCACCAAGAGGAUCUUCUGGGGAGACGCAAGGGAAGAUCACAUCCAGUUUGCUGAGGCUGAUGGCUCCAACAUUCAAACAGUUAUCAGUGAGACCGGUAUCCCCCACAUCUUUGGCCUGUCGCUGUUUGAAGACUACAUCUUCUGGACAGACUGGGAGACUAAGGGAGUCCACAAGGCCCACAAGUACACUGGGGCUAAUGCAACCCAACUGGUGACAUCUGUGCACCGACCCAUGGACAUCCAUGUUUACCAUCCUUACAGACAAAGGAGUGUACCCAACCACCCAUGCUCAGUAAACAAUGGCGGCUGCCAUAACCUGUGCUUGUUACAACCCGGCGGGAAGCGUACCUGUGCAUGUGCCGAGAACUUCUACCUGGCCUCGGAUGGAAAGACCUGUCUCUCCAACUGCACCUCCAGCCAGUUCGAGUGUGGCAACUUCAAGUGUAUCCCCUUCUGGUGGAAGUGUGACGGGGAGAAUGAUUGUGACGAUGCCUCGGAUGAACCAGCCAGCUGUCCACCCUUCAAUUGCCGCCCUGGCCAGUUCCAGUGUAACAACACAGAGUGCACCAACCCUGCCUUCAUCUGUGAUGGGGACCAGGACUGUACGGAUGGGUCUGAUGAGAAGAACUGUGAACACCACACCUGCCUGCCGAACCAGUUCAAGUGUAAGGGAGAGAACAAGUGCAUCCCUGGGAUCUUCAGAUGUAACGGUGCUACCAACUGUCAGGAUGGCAGCGACGAGGAAAACUGUCCUGAGAGAACCUGUGCAGCGAACCAGUUCAAGUGUAACUCGUCCAAGAUCUGCAUCCCGCGUGUGUGGAUGUGUGACGGAGACAACGACUGUGGCGACGGCUCGGACGAGCCUAACAACUGUACCGCACGGAGCUGCUCUGAGAACGAACUCCGCUGUAACAACACAGGUCGCUGUAUCCCAGCAAGAUGGCAGUGUGACGGUGACAACGACUGUGGAGACAAUUCAGAUGAGCAAGUCGGUGUCUGCAGUGCCCGGACUUGUGAUCAGUACCAGCACCGCUGCAACAACAACAAGUGCAUCCCUGCCCGCUGGAGGUGUGACUAUGAUGAUGACUGUGGGGACAACUCGGAUGAAGACGGAUGCACACCACGGCCAUGCUCUGAGAGUGAGUUCCAGUGUGAAGACAACCGCUGCAUCCCCGGGCGCUGGAAGUGCGAUGGCGACCACGACUGUGAGAACGGAGAGGACGAACAAGGCUGCUCGGCUACCUGCCAGACGAACCAGUUCCAGUGCAGCAACGGACACUGUAUCCCAAAGGGCUGGCACUGUGACCGGGACAGGGACUGUCUGGAUGGGAGCGAUGAAGAGAACUGUGAAAUCACAGCGCCCCCGGGUGUUCUGUGUAACGAGGCAGAGUUCCAGUGUAACAACACGCUAUGUAAACCUCUGUCCUGGAAGUGUGAUGGGGAGGAUGACUGUGGAGACAAGUCUGAUGAAGAAGCCUACAUGUGCCAGAACUUUGUGUGCCCGCCGACCCGCCAGUUCCGUUGCCGUAACAACAGGGUGUGUUUACCUAUCUCCCGACGGUGUGACGGCUUCAGCCACUGUGACGACAACUCUGAUGAAAUGGACUGCAGAGCACCGGCAGAGGACAGAAUUUGCACAGCAGAAGACUUCAAGUGUCUUUCAACCAACAGAUGCAUCAAGUUAGACCUGGUCUGUAACAACUACGACAACUGUGGGGAUGGGUCGGACGAAGGGCUAUGUGGUCCACCCAAUGUGAAUGAAUGUGCGACCAACAAUGGGAACUGUCAGCACAAGUGUACAGACCUGCCCCGUGGUCACUACUGUACAUGUAGGGACGGCUAUGCCCUGGGCGCAGAUCUUACCACUUGUGAAGAUAUUGAUGAAUGUGCAGACUUUGGAAGAUGUUCCCAGAUCUGCACUAACACCAAGGGUUCCUACCACUGCUCCUGCUCUGCUGGCUUCAUGAAGGCACAACGUGGGAAUGGGGUUGAGACGUGCAUCGCUCAAGGCGAUCCGGACUAUUUGCUCAUCGCCGACGACAACGCCAUCAAAAGAAUCAACCCCGACAGCACACACGACGGGGCCGGCGACAGUUUCGUUGGUAACGACGAAACACGUGUGGAGAGCAUGGACAUCGACGUACAGUCCAACACCGCGUUCUGGAGCAACGCCCACACCAAUAGCAUCUACAGGGCGGCCAUACAGCUGGGCAACGGGAGACGGAAACGUCAGGCUGAUAUUAUCAAGUUAGAUAUCGAUGAUUUGGAGGAACCACGAGGGAUAGCCAUAGACUGGGUGGGUCGCCAUAUCUACUGGACUGACGCCAGGAAGGACGCCCUGGAAGUGGCAGAUCUGGAUGGUACCAACCGUAAAACUCUCCUGAACACCGGUAUGGACCGGCCGCAUUCUGUGGCUGUGGACCCUAAAAAUGGAUAUGUGUUCUGGACAGACUGGGGCCUGUCACCAAAAAUCGAGCGGGCGAGACUGGACGGUUUGGAGCGGAGAGUUCUGGUGCGCGAGGACCUCCAGUGGCCCACAGGGCUGGCCAUUGACUACCAAAACAGGCGCCUGUAUUGGGCGGACGCUAAGAAGAACACCAUUGAGAGCAUUGAUUUUGAUGGCAAUGGCAGGGUAGUGGCAGCCAACUACAGUAAAGGAUUGCGUCAACCUUACCUGAUCGACCUGUUUGAAGACAACAUCUACGGGACCACGUACCUGACAGGGGAGGUGUUUAAGGUGGACAAGUUUGGACGUGAUAACGUCACGGUCCUGGCCAACAACCUGCAGCACGCUUCUGAUGUGGUCAUCUUCCAACAGUACAAGCAGGAUCAGUCAAUCACGAACCCCUGCAGCUCCUCCAACUGUACCCACCUGUGUUUCCGAGCACCCCUGCCGGGCGGUGGUACGAUCUGCGCCUGUCCCAACGGAGGCAACCUGGAUGGAAACUCCUGUCUCAAUGUUCCAACACCCUCACCAGAACCAACAACAACAGCUUGUGAACAGGCAGGACUGAUAUGUUACAAUGGAGGAACCUGUAUCACCAACGAACAAGGGAACCCCAAGUGCAAGUGCCAUCUCAACUUCCAUGGUCCCCAGUGCAGACGGAACAAGUGUUUCCGCUUCUGUGAGAACAAUGGGCGCUGUGAGCUGAACUCCAUAGAACAGCCAGUCUGCACCUGUGUUGGACAGUUCUUUGGGUCACGCUGCAACACUUCGUGUGAAAACUACUGCCAAAAUGGAGGUACCUGUACUCCCAGCAAUAGAGGGGUAUGUGACUGCCCACCGCUUUAUGAAGGAGACCGCUGUGAAACAAACCGCUGUGACGGCUACUGUAAAAACGGGGCCACCUGUACUGUGCUCUCUGGUCGUACUAUCACCUGUGUGUCGCCUACUACUCCUACAUCUGCAUGCGAAUCUUGGUUCUGUAGUAACGGUGGUGCAUGUGCCAUAGAUAAGCUUACUAACAAGCCACAUUGCAAAUGCCCUGAAAACUUCCAGGGACAACACUGCGAACAGGCAACAGAUCUGUGCUUCGACUUCUGCCAGAAUGGUGGUCAGUGCAGUCUAGACGACAAAAAUCAACCUGUUUGCUCCUGUGGAGACGGAUUCGCAGGAAAACAGUGUACAGAGACUGUUCCUGCUACCAAGCCUGGCAAACGGAAGGGAGAAGGUGGCGAUGGUGGAACUGUUGCUGCUAUUGCUGUGCCAGUUGUACUUGCCCUCAUUAUCAUUGCUGUGAUCUGUGGUGUGUGCUUCUACAGAAAGAGAAGUUCAAGAUCAGGGUGGUUCCCAGUAUCAGUGGAAGCUCUUGAGCUGAAAACUAUGUUCCAACACAAGCGCAUGACCAACAAUGUGGAGAUAGGAAAUCCUACCUUCCUCUAUGACCAAGAGGAAGAUGAUGAAACAGAGCAGUUAGACCCGUCAUUAACUCUGGAUCCAGACAAGACUGUUUCUCCUGUCCCCUGCGCUAACUCUGGACACCAUCAGGUUGAGGACGAUAAAUACCGCUUGGAGUUCUUGCCAACCAACUUCUCGAAUCCUGUCUACGACUGUCUCUACAACGAAGCUAGCGGCAGCUCAAACUCGCUAACGAGUUCGGAAGAGAAGAAAGGACUUCUAUCUCCCUCGGGAAUUCAGUUAUACGAAGACCAGAAUGACCCCUUUGGUGGGUCGUCAGUAGCAUAGCACACACAUUAAAAGCACCUUCCAUUUUGAAACGUGUACAUGUUAAAAGCUGAAAUCUCAAUUGUUUGAUACUGGAACUUGUACAGUCUGUGAAUCGGAGUGACCACUCUUCUGAUGCCCUAUGGGCUAGAUCCUUAAUGUGUACUUUGAUGUCUUACAAGAAUUAAUUUUAGAAUUUGAAUUUCGUUGUUAUGCCACAUGAGGAUGCUUUGUGUAGUCUGUGAGUAAGGCAGGUUCUUAAAAUCACGUAUUCUUAAAUCGAUACUUGAUUUAGGAUAUAAAAUGGUUAUUAAAGUAGCAUUGAAGCUCAUCUGUGCUUGUUAUUGACUUUAUAAAAAAUAGAUGUAAACUGUUUUCCAACGCAGAAAGAUAUCGAUUUAAGACUAGGCAAAUUAACAGAUACCAUUACGGUCUUCCUCAAGGUAGCUGACCCACUAUAAUUUUGGACAUGUGACUUAUUUAUAAGUGAUUAGUCAAAACAGGGAGGAAUGGCGAAGACUUGUGCUGGAGACAACCAUAGUCCCCGACCCUCCUGAUGAGGAUGGGACUAGGUGAGGUGAGGUGAGUCAAAACCUCUGGUACAAUUCUUGAAACCACUUUAAUGUUACACUACAGUAUACCUUUAGAGGAAAGUACAGACUGCUUUGAACUUUGACCCUUUGUUGGAGUCACAUGACCAAAGUGGGUCAUAUGUCCUGAGGAAGGUGAAAAAUUUUCUAGUCUGAAUUUUUUUGCGUGUUGGUGACAGAGUGACACUGGAAUGGUGAGAAUUUGUUAACGUGGCCAGAUGAAAAUGAAUCUGUCGAAUCCCUGCUUCAACCAUGUAACAUACGACCGAAAGAUGUCUUUGCUUUACGUGUAUGUAGUCAGCCUAUAGUUGUGUAUACAUGUAGGAUUUGUAUUUUUUCCUCAAAAGUGUACAAUGUAAACGCCACUAUUUUUGUGUGCAAUAUAGUUCUAUAUGGUGAGUGUAAAAUAUAGAAAAUGCUGCUCAAGUGUUAAAAAAAUAUGUUGACUUAUUUUUCAUUUGCAUCUUCUGUCUUAAGGUUUGGGUAAGAUGCAAAUUUCUGGUAUAUAAAAAUGUACAUGUGGUGGUAUGCCACACUCUUUGUUAGGUACACAUGGAUGGAAUUGUGGAGUUAUGUAUAUCUUUGUACCCUACAUUCUUCCAAGUAUAAAAAUUGGGCUGUCGAUGUAAUACUUGCAAACAAUAUGCAAAAGUUUGGAAAAACGCGAUCAUGCUAAAAAAAGGAACAAUGGCACUAUGUCGUCAUACUAUAAUCCAUUCAUUUUCAAUAAUAGGUUUUCUCUAUCAUGCGUUCUUUGGCUAACUGCCGCUUUAUUGACGAGUUAUAAACUGAGCUGCCAGAUUUUAUUUAAAACUGCUUCGUCAAUAUUAAUGCACGUUAAAUGCAAGUUAACAAAACAGGUAGAAGUUACUGGCACGUGUAUGUAUACAUGUAUGUGCCUGUACUACGUAUGGUUCAGUAUACUACUAAUUCAGUCUUCAAUAACUGGAGAAUUUCUUGUUCAAACAGAGAGUAUUGUAAGAUUUAGUACAUUGACUUUUUUCUUGUAAACAAAAAAAUGAAAUAUUGGUUUGAAAUCACUUUAAUUCAUUGUCCAUGACUUGUGCAUAAAGCCACUUGCGAGCAUUGCUAACUAGAAAAUUCAAGCAAGUUUCUUGUAUAAUAUUGGGUAAUACUUUUGUAUUAUUGUCUUUUACCUUAUGUGAAUAUGAGUAUCGAAUAAUUUAGAAUACAUGAUGAUCACUUGACCACUUCUACACUUGAUUUAAGGGAACCCAGGCAUUGUUGUGUGUUAUGAUUUCAUAGUAAAAUGAUGAUGAUACGCUUUACGAUUCAUCUGCUGUUCUUUUAUCAAAAUUUGAGUCAAUUUGCUUCACUCACUCGUUGGUUCUAUUCAGUGGUUUUACAGAGGACCAGGCGUUAUGACACUAUAUACACCUUGGGUGGGGGUCAUUAGCCCUUAAUUAACAACUAUUGCAUACUUUUGGAGUCUUGCAAACUACACCAAUAAUACUAGAGCCUCCUCUAACCACCAUGUAUGCUUUGUUCUGGUUGUGAGAAAUGUAUUUAUAUAUGCUUCGGUUUAAUGCGUUUAUGUAUAUUGUAUUGCAAAAGUAUCACGCACACCACUUUGACACUGCUGUAAAAAAAAGCUCAGCUCAUCUUAUGAAGAAAUUAAAGCUUUUGAAAUUUU